AUGGCUGCCGCGACCGAGAGAUAUAUUCACCUUGCGCGCCCGUUGGCCCACGCCAACGUUGGCAUCCAGACAAACAUCGCGCCCCUCAGUGUCAAUAUUCAGCCCGAGGCCAUCCUUUCGAUCCUCGACCACGCCGUUCGCCGCGAUGUCCGUGACGGCGCCCAGCCCACCCGCGUCAUCGGUGCCCUGGUCGGCACCCGUUCCGAGGACGGCACCGAGGUCGAGGUGCGCUCGUGCUUCGCCAUCCCACAUACCGAGGAGGAGGACCAGGUUGAGGUGGACGUCGAGUACCAGAAGAGCAUGCUCGCGUUGACCCUCAAGGCCUCGCCCCGCGAGUCGCUGCUCGGCUGGUACACGACCUCACACGAGCUCAACAGCUUUAGCGCCCUCAUCCAAAACUUCUUCGGCAGCCCCGACACCGGCACCUUCCCUCACCCGGCCGUCCAUAUGACCAUCUCGACCGAGCCCGGCGCGGACAUUGAGACGCGCUGCUACAUCUCGGCCCCCGUCGCCGUCAACGCCGAGCGCGCCGCCGAUAGCUGCCUCUUCAUCCAGGUACCCCACAAGAUGCUCUACGGUGACGCCGACAAGGGCGCCCUCGAGGCCGUCGCCUCGGCCCGCGAUGUCGAGUCGCGCUCCGUCGCCCUGCCCUCCGACAUCGAGGGCCUCGCCCGCUCCAUCCAGCACACCAUCGGCCUGCUCGACCGCGUGAGCGAGUGGGUCAACGGCGUCCUCGACGAGGACGAGGAGCCCAACAACGCCCUUGCCCAGUACCUCAUGAGCGCCCUCUCGCUCGCCCCCAAGGUCGACGCCGCCCAGAUCGAGCACGACUUCAAUAACCACAUCCAGGACGUCCUCAUGGUCAGCUACCUCGCCAACUCGAUCCGCACCCAGAUCGACCUCUCCCAGCGCCUCGCCACGGCCAACCUCGUCAGCACCGACAAAGACGCCGAAGGCGGCAAGGGCGGCGACGGCGAGAAGGGCAACCAGCGCGGCGGCGGUGGCAAGCGCGGCGGCCGGGGAGGUGCCCGCGGAGGCGGCCAGCAGCGCGAGCAGCGCGAGCACAGGGAGCCGCGGGAGCCGCGGGAGCACAGAGAACCCAGGGAACCCAGGGAACCCCGCGAGCCUGCGGAAUAG